AUGCCCUUCAAAACCUUAAAUAAAGAUAUAUUGAUACUUAACCCACUAUUUUGCGAUUUGCAGACUUACUAAAGUACAGUUAAUUAUUCAGAAUCAGAUUAUGAAGAUAAAAGCCAUAUUGAUGCUGAUGAAUGUUUUAUAAUUCUACUAUUGUGGAGGUUGAGAGAAUUAAUAAAUUAAAAAUAUCAAAAUUAGGUAUCUGUAGAAUUAAUACUAUUUCCUAAAAUACAUUCUUUCUAGGUUUGUAAAAUUGAAAAUAAUAAAGAAUUAUUAUUGUAUCCUUCACUUUCCAAAAUUCAAAAAUAAUCCAACAAAAUUAUUGAAGCAUUAAAUGCAAAGACACUACGAGAGUUAGAAAUAAAUCCUUUUGAAAUUUACUAAUCUGAUAUCACCAUACAGAAUGGUCAAUUAAUAGAUAAGAGGGUAAGUUAAAACUUAAGUAUGAGAGAAAAAAUGGAUAAAAAUUUAAUAGAUUAACAAGAAAUAAAGUACGGUAUAAAAGGUUAAAAUUGUUUUCAAUUAAUUUACAGAAACCCUAUUGAGAUUUAAAGCAAUUUAUGUCUAACUGGCGAUUACCAGCAAGAUUUACAGCACAAAAUUCUAUUUAAAUCAGAUAGCAAUCCAAAAUGUGUUUGUGGAAGGUAAAUUGAUGCAGAGAGUUGGGAUACUGUAUAAAUAGAGUAACGGUUAAAGGAGGCUCUUGAUUAAAUUUUUGGCGUGCUAUUAAAGGAUAAAACCUUGGAUUAUACAGUAUUUCUUAAUCCACUAUUCAUAGAAACUGAAACGGACAAAUAUGAAAAUGAAUGGAUUAAGCUAUAUUUUAAGGAUAAAAAUAAUGACAAAGUGAAAUUGGGAGAGCUAUUGUUCACAGCGAGGAUGUAUAACACAUCGCUAGAUAUGACUACAGAGAUUGAAACAGAUCAAAAUGAAUUAUUUUAAGUAGAAGAUGUUAACGACUAUUCAGAUUGUGAGAUAGACAACAAUAGAAGUACAAUUUCUAAAAAUUCUAAUUAAUUGACAGAAAAUGAAUGGUGA